UUUAGUCAUACUGAUAGUGAGUGUGUCCAUAGUAGGUUGUGAUAAUGUCAGUGAUACUGAGCGACGAGCAGAACAAACUUAUCAACGCAAUUGCUCUGCGGAAUGGUUUCACUGGCGAUUUCAAAGUGGAAACUAGCGCUGGAUCUGCCAAGGGGGAUAACUUUUUAGGGGUUAUAACGAGGAUUACCAUCAAAAACGAUCAGCGUAAACUCGAGUUGAUUCUCAAAACAGCAUCGACAAACGCGGCCUUGAGAAAAACGGUGUCUAUCCACGGAUUAUUUUGCAGAGAAAUAAACAUCUACGAGAUUUUCAGAGAAUUUGAGAAGUUCCAAGAUGAAUACAAUAUCACAAAUCGAUUCACCGGUCAUGCAAAACUGUACUGGUCUUCUAAAGAUGAGGGAAAUGAAUGUUUGGUUAUGGAAAACAUAGUUGAAAAUGGUUUCAGACUCUGGGACAAAAAGAUUCCGAUGACUCCUGAACACAUCGCCGCUGUUUUCGUGGAAUACGCGAAAUUCCAUGCGGUGUCGAUGGCAAUGAGAUUCAAGAAACCCAGUUUCUUCGAAGAUUUAACUAAAGACAUCGUGAAAAAUGUUUUCGAAUCAGGUUCCAAUGAUCCAACUGGAAUACAGCCAUUCAUAGAUGUAUUUAUGGAGAACGGAUCUAAAGCACUCGAAAGUGACACGGAAUUGCAGAAAGUUUUGAAGAAGAUGGUAAAGUUAUUAUCGGAACAGUUUCUGGAAAAAGUUGACAGUUCCGAGUGGAAUUUAGUCGUCAAUCACGGUGAUUGUUGGUGUAAUAAUCUGAUGUUCAAAUAUGAGACACCAGAAAACACCUCGAAAAUCUCCAGAGUUUGCAUCUUGGAUUGGCAACUGUCAAAAAUCGGCUCACCUGCCGCUGACCUGACCUACUUUUUCUUCGCCCACGGUCCAAAGGAAGUUCUUUACGACUAUCAAAAAUACUUGAAAUUAUAUCAUGACACCGUCUGCCAGAUUUUGAGAGAAUUUUCCUGCGAUCCUGAAGAUAUUUUUCCCUACAGUCUCUUGGAGAAGCACUGGAAACAUGCAAUCGUAUUCGGAGUGUACAUGUCUACGACAGUGAUGAAAAUUAUGUGCUGUGAUUCUGAUGAAGCACCCGAUUUCGCGGUGGAAUCGGAAGCUGGGAAUAAUAUAAUAUCAGCUUUCUCAUUCGAGUCUAGAAAUCCUGAUGGAUAUAAUGAAAGAUUCACAACUUUGAUGAGGUUUCUGGUUGACACUGGUUUAUUAUCAUAAUACUUGGUUAUAUUAUGAUUAAUUGGAUAGAUAAUGAAUUUCCACAGAAUAUACGUUAAAAUGAUCUGUAUGAUCAAUAAAUAUCUGUAUUGAUCAUGGUCACAUUUCAAAUGCGUGAAUCAAUUGAAAAAAAUGUUUCGAUAAAAUGAUGUGUUGUAACAAUAUUGCACAAAAAUGUUUUUUCAACUUUUUGGAGAAAUAAAUUCCUGAAUACUGUUAG